UCGGUUUUGCCUAGAGUACUUCCAUCUACUUUGGUGGUUACAAUAGUAGCAGUUAUUGUAACAGUACUUUAUGAAAAAACCGACGUCAAGUUAGGUAUAGAUUCAACAUUUAUUCCAAUACUUGGGUUCGUCGUAGGUCUUUUGCUUACUUAUAGAACAAAUACUGCAUAUGACAGAUACUGGGAAGGAAGAAGAUUUUGGUCAGUUUUGGUCGUAGCUAUAAGAAAUCUUACAAGAACUAUUUGGAUAAACGUUAAAGAAGACGAAGGCACAAAAGAUAUCUUAGAAAAGAAAACAGCAAUAAAUUUAUUAUUGGGAUUUGCUGUAGCCACAAAGCAUUAUCUUCGAGAAGAAGAAGGAAGUAAUCAUGAGGAUUUAAAAUAUCUUAUAUCAAAUAUAAAGAGUAGUUUACCAGGAUUUGCACCUAUUGAAGAUCAAGAUUUAACAGAGAAUAAAAUUAGAGAAAAUUUAAAGUUAGGAAGACAAUCAAGCUUAAAGAUGUUUAAACCAAAAGUUAAACCACAUCAAAGACGGAAAGGUACCCCGAUACCUGUGAGCCAUAAUUUACCUUUAGAAAUAACACUUUAUCUUUCUUCAUAUAUUGAUACUCUAGCACAAAAAAAAAAAACUGAUGUUCCAACUACAAAUUCUAUGUAUGCUGCAUUAAAUACCAUGGUAGAUUGUUUGACUCAAUUUGAAAGAAUUUUAAGAAGUCCUAUUCCAUUGGCUUAUUCUAUUCAUUUGAAACAAACUGUUUGGAUAUAUUGCCUUAGUCUGCCUUUUCAAUUAAUUAAAAACCUUCAUUAUAUUACUAUUCCUGUUGUUUUUCUGGCGUCUAUGAUUUUGAUGGGCAUCGAGCUAAUCGGUGGUGAAAUUGAGAAUCCUUUCGGUUAUGACGAAAACGAUUUGGAACUAGACUCUUUCUGUUUUUUGAUUAAACGUGAAUUGGAUAAAAUCACUUCCAAUCCACGUCCAACCGUGGAAUCUUGGGUAUAUAAUCAAAAUAAUUACCCAUUUGGAGAUGAUGUUACGGGAACUGAAGCUCGCAAACUUUCAAUAGACGAUGUUCGCUCUAAACUUUCCAGUUCAUCAUCUAAUAAUGAUGGC